CGGCGGCCGCGCCUGCGCAGCGGAUCUCCCAGAGCGGAGCCGCGCGGGGCUGGUGUGACGGGUCCUUGUGGGCAGCUUAGGGGCCGACAUGGGUCGGAAGCGGGUGUCGGGCGGCGGCGGGGUCGGCCUAGGACGGGCCCUCAUCAAGGAGCGCAACCUGCAGAACCGCAGCCAGCGGCGGCGAGACCCGUGGUUGCACACGAAGGAGUUGGACGAAGGGGGCGCCUGGGGCCGCAUGGACCCGCGCUCCGUGACGGAGCCCACGGCCCUGGAGGAGUUCCUGGCCACGGCGGAGCUGGCCGGGACCGAGUUCGUGGCGGAGAAGCUGAACGUCCGCUUCGUGCCUCCCGAGGCCCGGACCGGGCUGCUGCCGCCGGAGGAGGAGCUGCGGGUGCAGGCUCUCCAUCAGGAGCACCGGGGGGCCCUGCGCAUCCCCCGCAGACCCCCGUGGGACCAGGGCACCAGCACCGAGAAGCUGCAGCAGGCCGAGAGAGAGAACUUUCUGGAGUGGAGGCGGCAGCUGGGGCGGCUGGAAGAGGAGCAAAACCUGAUUCUGACCCCAUUUGAAAGAAACCUGGACUUUUGGCGCCAGCUCUGGAGGGUCAUCGAGAGGAGUGAUGUCGUCGUUCAGAUAGUGGAUGCUCGCAAUCCCCUCCUGUUUCGUUGCGAAGACUUGGAGCGCUACGUGAAGGAAGUCAGCAGAGAAAAGGAAAACGUGAUUCUGAUCAACAAGGCCGACCUGCUGACGGAGGAGCAGCGCCGCGCCUGGGCCGCGUUCUUCGAGCGAGAAGGCGUGAAAGUGAUUUUCUGGUCCGCUCUGGCUGAAGGCAUCCGGCUGGACCCGAGAUCAAAGGAACCAGCUGAGAGCUCCGAGGAGGGCGAAGACUGGGAAGAUGGGGCCGAAAGCAUGCAGAGGGGUGCCUCUGACCUGGAGUCCCCGGGGGGUGCACGGCAGCUCCCUGAUGAGGAAGAGGACGAGGACGAGAGCGACUGGAUGAGUGAAGAAGGGGACAGCGAAUAUGAGGAUUGUCUUGAGGACGAUGACCACUGGCAGACGUGCUCCGAGGACGACGGCGGCCAAGAAGCAGAGUCCUACGGCCAGAGCUGGCAGGAAAACAGAGCGAGUGGCAGCCUGGAGCAGGAGCCUCGGGGCAGCGGUGCCCGUGUGCAGAAUGACCACCACCUCGUGGAAAAGCAGGAAUUGCUGGACCUCUUCAAAGAGAUGCAUUCUGGGAAGAAGGUCAAGGAGGGGCAGCUCACUGUGGGGCUGGUGGGCUACCCCAACGUCGGAAAGAGCUCCACCAUCAACACCAUCUUCGGGAACAAGAAGGUGUCUGUGUCGGCCACGCCCGGACACACCAAACACUUCCAGACGCUCUACGUGGAGCCCGACCUGUGUCUGUGCGACUGUCCCGGCCUGGUGAUGCCCUCCUUCAUCUCCACCAAGGCCCAGAUGAUCUGCUGCGGGAUUCUGCCCAUCGACCAGAUGAGAGACCACGUGCCCCCCAUCUCCCUCAUUUGCCAGAACAUCCCAAGACACGUCCUGGAGGCGACCUAUGGGAUUCACAUCAUACGGCCCCGAGAAGAUGAAGACCCCGAUCGGGCGCCCACCUCAGAGGAGCUUCUGACGGCUUACGGCAGCAUGAGGGGAUUCAUGACUGCCCACGGACAGCCUGACCAGCCCCGAGCUGCUCGGUACAUUCUCAAGGACUACGUGCGGGGCAAGCUGCUGUAUUGCCACCCUCCUCCCGGCAUUGAGCCCGCAGACUUUCAGCCACAGCACGAGAAACUGAGGCGCAGCCGGAGGCGCCCCGAGGCGCAGCCACUGCCCCUGAGCCACCCCAAGGCCAAGCAGAUCGAGAACGUGGUCGACCGAGCCUUUUUCCACCAAGAGAACGUGCGGGCGCUGACCAGGGGCGUGCAGGCCGUGAUGGGCCACAGGCCUGGGGGUGUCCCUGCCGGCCAUACCGCGGGCCCUGGGAAACCCUGGAAGAAACACGGCAACCGCAACAAAAGAGAGAAGGUCCGCAGGAUCACCAGGCACUUGGACGCCUGACCGAGGCCGAGCAGGUGCCUGUGGACGCCUCCCCAGGGGGAGCAAGGCUGGCCCAGCCACAGGAGCCGGGUCUUCCUCCCUCCUGACCUGCGGGGCCAGGGGCCGAAGCCUGCUGGUGGCCAGUGCCCCCUGCCAUGAGGGUUGGGGCUGCUGCCUUGGGAACCACCGGCCUCGCGGCGAGUAAACGACGCACAGAUGGACGAAGGAACGAGGGAAUGAUGGGAGACACGAGUCUGGUGCCCCCUCCCGCCCCACACACACUCUGUACCUUGAAGAACCAGAGGGAUGCUUUUGGAAGCGAAUGUGGAAGCACGCCGGGGCGGUCCAGGGGCCACGUCCCCACGAGGUUGGUGGGUCCGGCCGUCGGCCCCCAGUGGACAGUGCCUUCGCAAAGGCCGGGUCGCCUUUCUGCCUCUAUCUCUGGGGUCUGCGACUCUUACUAAGGCUCCUGGCUAAGCCUCUCAGCCAGGGACUCGGCAGGUGGCAGGGUCCUGCCAGGAGUGCCCCCACCCCAGCCCCCUCCUCCAGGGGAAGAGGAGGAACAAGGAAGUGCCCGCAAGUGCCAGUGUCUCGAGAUAAGCCCUGGCCCUAGGGACAGAUGGCACAGGUUCCCAUCUACCACAGAUCACUGUCUAAAGGUUGGCCCUGGCCCCCCAGCCUCCGGGUCUCUGCAUUAUGUGGAGCAUCCUCAGCCCAUAGUCCGGGAUGUCAGGAGGAAACGGGCAGGAUCCCCUGGGGAACAGGAUUGGGUCUUGAAUCCAGGCCUUGUGAUCCUGCCACUGGGGGCGUCCUCAAAACGAGUGCUUCUGGGGGGUAGAGGCCCAGCCCAGGGGCAGGAAGGAGGAGAGAAAAGGACCAGGCAAGGAUUUCUCAGGUUCAGGGUUCUGGGGCUAAGACAGGCUGCCAGUGGGGCCCAAUCGGCCCCAAGUGCCCUGUUCUCAUCCCAAUGGGCUGGAGGGGGAGGUUAGAGCCCAGAGUGUGGACAGGCUGGCCAUUUCAGAGCCAGGGGCAUCGUGUGCCAAACGCAGGGACGCCAAGAGCAACAAAAGCCAGGCUGCCAUCCUGCCUCCUCAGCAUCUUUCUGGUCUGGUCCAUGGGCAUCCCCUGCCCAGGUGGCCCCAUUCCCUUUGGGUAGCUAAAGCUCAGGAGGCCUCAAGUUGUCCCUUUGGGGCUUCUAUAAUUGAGCCUAGUGGGGGCCGCAGACGCCGCCUCAUUGGACAGAUGAGAAAAAUGUCCACAGUGUUCACCACAGUGAGGUGUUGGAUAGUCCCAGGAGUCGCCCCCUAGCCCCCUAACAGUAACCUUUGACAUACUUGGAGGCAGCAAAGGCAUCUCCAGCACCCGCCCUUCUCAGAAUAAAUAUGCCCGGCUCCUUCAGCCAGUGCCCCGGGCACAGACGAGGCCUUCUGGACAUGGCAACAUCGUGUUCAGCUGAAGGCGGCCUCUGCCAGCGGUCAGCCUGGGCACUCCAGGGUACCACUGAGAGCCUCUUAAAAGAUUAAAAUGUCUGUUCAUUAAAAAAGGUUUCCUCCUCGUCGUCCUCCACUAGAGAUUAAGCAAGUUGAAUCUUUGCCUCUUUUCCUUUCCCCUUAACUGUUCUUAAGGAAAGUAUGGCCCCUUAGAUAUUUGAUGCUUAAUUAUUGAGCGCCUGCUGGGUACAAAGUGCUGUGCUCAGGGAGAGGGAGCAGAUAGAGGAGGGAAAUCAGGUGCUCUCCAAGGGGAGUUUUAGACAGCUGGAGAGCUCUCAGGCUAUUUGACAUGGGUAUUAGGAGAGUGCCCGAUUGAACGGGCAUCAGGGGCAUAGGUGCCAAGGCUGUUGCCCUGCAGAUAAUCUCAGAAUGAUUGGAACGGGGAAGGUUUUGUCCCAUUGUGCUGACUAAUGUGUCUGGAAUGGAAGGGGACUUUUCUCCCUUAAGGAAGCAAGUUCCCAUAGAGAUGACCCUAGAAGAUAGCCCAGACUGCACUGCACUUCAACCAGAAGGACCGGUUAAAAGGGAUUGCCCCCUUUGUCAUGUCAGUCUUUUUUUAACAUUUUCUUUCAUUUUGAACUUAAAAAAUUUAAAAAACCCAUUUCCAUAUAUGCAGCACAACUAUAAAAAGAGCUCAAAAACAAACCAUGAAUUUCCAUUUCAUGCUAUUUUUCUAAAACUAAUAAACACCUUAUUUUCAAUGCUGGCCUGCUCUUCUGUGCUCCCUUCCAAAUUUCCUUUUCUCUGCUGUGCACUUUAUUCUCCUGCCCUCAAAAAGGCUGCCCUGGCUGAGACCCCUCCAUUCACACUUCGUUUAUCAGUUCUUUCUCUGGCUGAAGGUAACAUCUUCCUUCAUGGGUGCUUUGUAGUGACUUGAUUAUUAAAGACCCUCCUUAGAACAA